AUGCGGCUGCCCCCGGAAUGGCUGCUGCUGCUGCUCGGCCCGUGGCUGCUGAGGAAGGUCGUGAGCGCCCAGAUGCCCGAGUCCGGGAGGCCGCAGUACCUCGAGCUGCGCGGGGCCGCCCCCGGCCAGCCGCUCCCGGAGCCCCGGCCCUCGGGCGGCGCGGGCCCGGCGCGGGCCUGGAGCUGGGCGUGGCCGGCGAACCACACGGGCGCCCUCGCGGGGGCGGCGGGGUCGGUGCCCGCGCCGCGCGCCAAGAGGAAGCCGUCGGUGAAGGCGGCGCGCGCCAAGAAGAUCUUCGGCUGGGGCGACUUCUACUUCCGCGUGCACACCCUCAAGUUCUCGCUGCUCGUGACGGGCAAGAUCGUGGACCACGUGAACGGCACCUUCAGCGUGUACUUCCGCCACAACUCCUCCAGCCUGGGCAACCUCAGCGUCAGCAUCGUGCCCCCCUCUAAGCGCGUCGAGUUUGGGGGCGUCUGGCUGCCAGGGCCCGCCCCCCACCCUCUGCAGUCCACGCUGGCCCUGGAGGGGGUGCUCCCCGCGCUGGGACCCCCGCUGGGGAUCGCGGCCCCGGGGCUCGGGGGCGCGCUCGGGGGCGCGCUCGCGGGGCCGCUCGGGGGCGCGCUGGGCGUGCCUGGGGCCAAGGAGUCGCGCGCUUUCAACUGCCACGUGGAGUACGAGAAGACCAACCGCGCGCGCAAGCACCGCCCGUGCCUGUACGACCCCUCGCAGGCCUGCUUCACCGAGCACACGCAGAGCCAGGCCGCCUGGCUGUGCGCCAAGCCCUUCAAAGUCAUCUGCAUCUUCGUCUCCUUCCUCAGCUUCGACUACAAACUGGUGCAGAAGGUGUGCCCCGACUACAACUUCCAGAGCGAGCACCCCUACUUUGGAUAGCGCCUCCCGCCCCGGCC